AUGCCCGAUCCAGACCCAUCCACGACCAACAAACCGACCAUGCGCGCCGUGGUCUUCGACGGUCAUCCGUACAAAGUCCACGUGCGCACCCUCCCCAAGCUGACGAUCGUCUGGCAGACCGACGCGGUGGUGCGCCUCACGGCGGUGCACCCGCGUGGGCGGCGGGCUGGCGAUCAUCGGGGUGUACUUCGCGAUGCCGACGUCCCCGGGCGUGUGCAACGCGGGGAUACGAUCUCGCCGACGGUGCCGUGCCCGCUGUCGGAGGUGUGGAAGAAGGGUCUGACCCUGCGCGCGGGGCCGGUGGACUCGAAGACCGCGGUGGCGCCGCUGCUGGAGCUGAUCCGGGGGGGGGAGGCAAGGCGAGGGGCCCGGGUUCGUGUUCUCUUCGGUGAUGGAUAUCGAGCAUGCCCCGGAAGCGUAUCGUCGGUUCUCGAAGCGGUUGGAGACGAAGGUCUUGAUUCGGUUCGAGGGCGGGGCGAAGACUGGGCAGGAGGGAGGGGGCGGGGGUGGGAGUAG